GUGAUUGUUGUACUACUAGCACAAGAGACAAGCACGAGUGAGAAAUAAUAUAGGAGAGUGAGGACUGAGGAGAUCGACUCGAUCGUCCAGAUCGAUGGAGGACGUGAGCUUCGAUUCCUUCUGGGAGACGCCAAGCUUCUUGGACGCCCAGGUGCUCGAGUUCGACUUCCAGGCCCAGGUGCUCGAGCUCGACUUAGUUGACAGCAUGUACCAGCCGGGGGAGGAUUCGCUGUCCGGUCUCUACUCCUGCUACGACGACUCGAGCUCGCCGGACGGCGCCAACUCCUGGUCGACGGGCACCACGAGGGCGGCCAGGGAGAGCAAGAACAUGAUCAUGGAGAGGGACCGCCGCAGGAAGCUCAACGAGAAGCUCUACGCCCUCCGCGCCGUCGUCCCCAACAUCACCAAGAUGGACAAGGCGUCCAUCAUCCAGGACGCCAUCGCCUACAUCGAGGAGCUGCACCAGGAGGAGCGGCGGAUCCUCGCGGAUAUUUCCAACCUCGAAUCGGGCAGCUGCACCGCCGUGGUCAAGACGGAGGAAGACGGCGCCGGUUUUCCGCCAUGGAAGAAGAUGCGGAGGGCAGCCUCAGCCUCCUGCAUCAGCGACGCCAUCUGUUCCCCUGCCACUCGUCCUGUCGAAAUCCUCGAGCUGGAAGUGACGGAGGUAGGUGAGAAGCUGGCGGUGGUGAGCAUGAGGUACGCCAAGACGAGGGGCGCCAUGGCGAUGGUGUGCAAGGCGCUCGAGUUGCUCAGUCUCAAGGUCAUCACAGCAAACGUUACCACGCUGGCCGGCAGCAUCGUCCACACCAUGUUCGUCGAGACAGAUGGAAUGUAUGCUGCUGAGACGAUCAAGGAGACGGUACAGGCUGCGAUCGGCCAGCUCCAUGUAACAAGAAGCCCACUCAAGUCCAUGAGUUACCGAUGAACAUUAUGUGCAACCCAUGGCCAUCCUUGGCUACCGAUGUUCCUUCAUGUUCAUUGCAUCACUAUGGGUCAUGUGAGAAGCCUCUCCUCCUGCACUCUAGUACUCCUACAUCUACUUCUAAUAACGUGACAACCAGCUGCAAUUGAUCAUAUCGCCGCAGUAAACAAAUGUGUUCCUGGACUUCAUGUAUUUGUUCUACACAAAUUUUGGCAAUAAUACGACAGGAUAGUCUAUACCAGUGUGUGCGAAACUGAAACCGGUUUGAGAUCCGUAGAAACCGGCCUUCUUUAACGUCUUUCUUCUAUCGCUCAAUGUCGGUUAAUGCUGUGGCUUCAAUGAAACAAGACCAGUGGGCUA